GGGCGAUAAGAGACAAGGGUCGGACCAAAGUGGGGAGAGUGGCAGGUGCGGCCCAAAUCAAGGCCCGGCUUAAUCAACUUGGAAAAGCGGUUACUCCCCCAGAGCCGAGCCGCUCACCACGAGUGUUAGUGACGAAUCAGUCCACUCCCACUUCUGUUCUGGCUACCCGAGGAGGCCUUCUGACCAGCUAUGCGGAAGGGGCGGGGCUCACAGCGGAAGUCCUUCCGUCCGUUCAGGUCACGUGCCAGUGGCUGAUCCUGCGCCCAGGAAGCAUGGCACUCUGGCGGGCAUACCAGCGGGCGCUGACUGCUCACCCGUGGAAAGUGCAGGUCCUGACAGCUGGGUCCCUGAUGGGCCUGGGUGACAUUAUCUCACAGCAGCUGGUGGAGAGGCGAGGUCUGCGGAAACACCAGAUUGGCCGGACCCUAACCAUGGUCUCCCUGGGCUGUGGCUUUGUGGGCCCUGUGGUAGGAGGCUGGUACAGGGUUCUGGACCGGCUCAUCCCCGGCACCACCAAGGUGGGUGCUCUGAAGAAGAUGCUGUUGGAUCAGGGGGGCUUUGCCCCGUGUUUUCUAGGAUGUUUCCUCCCAAUGGUAGGGGCACUCAAUGGACUGUCAGCCCAGGAAAACUGGGCCAAACUCCAGCGGGAUUAUCCUGAUGCCCUCAUCACCAACUACUAUCUCUGGCCUGCUGUGCAGCUCGCCAACUUCUACCUGGUUCCCCUUUAUUACAGGCUGGCUGUCGUCCAGUGUGUGGCUGUCAUCUGGAACUCCUACCUGUCCUGGAAGGCACAUCGGCUCUAAGCUUGCCUCGUACCACUGCUUCUGCCGUACAGUAAUGCAGCUUGACUCUGGAACGGCCAGAUGACCUCCUCAAAAUGGGCACCUCCGUUUUCACGGGGUUUGGUUGAUGGUCAGAAUGGGAUCAGUCCUAUGAAACGACCCAUUUCACUCUGAAGUGUAAACUGACUCCUUUUGAACUCACUGACAUUUCUGUGAUGGUCUUGUGUCCACCCCACAGCAGCCAUUCCGUAAAUACUUGUGGAGCCGUAUAACCGUGGCAACUGCAGCUUAUUCCCAUGUCCUGGCAAAUGCUGUUUACCCCCACUCUUCACAGAUGCAUUGGUUGCUCUGGCCAACCCCAGCCCCAGGGUAGGUCCAGUUCUUUGGGGACGCCCUCAAGCUCUGUAUGUGGUACCUCCAUAACUAUGUUAUAAAAAUGUAAUCUGGAACCCGCAGGGGCAACGAGUAAGACCCAACAGAAAAAUACUGGGAGUCAAAAUCUGUGGAGACGGAAAGAAGCCUAGAGACCAUGAGCCCCAUCUCCUCUUACAGAUGAGGACACUGGGGUCCAUAGAAGCGAGGUGGCCUGUCCCCUCCCCAGGUUAGUGGCAGAGUAGAAACUUCAACCCACGUCCUGUAGGUUGAACUUUUGUAUGACCCUCAAAUUCAUAUAGUGGAAAACCUAAGGUUUAAGGUGAUAAUAUUAGGAGGGGGACCUUCAGGGGUGAUUAGGUCACAAGGGCAGAGCCUUCCUGGGAUCAGUACCACCAUAAAAGAUGCCAUGUGAGGACACAGCAAGAAAGUGCCAUUUACGAGCCAUUAAGCAGGUCUUCACCAGAACCCGAAUCUGCUGGCACUAUGAUCUUGGACUUCCAGGCCUCCAGAACUCUGAGAAAUAAAUGUUUGUAAGCCA